AAGAGAAAAAUUCUGACUCAAAGGGAUGAAGUCUGACAUAACAUAAAUUACUCAUUUCUUGCCACUUUUACUUAUUCCUGAUUUAUACAAUCAAGAUCAAACGUUUAAGUUUUGAGUUUGGUUAAAAGUGAACCAGUGUAAACUUGGGUGUAUUGCACACGCGUGACGCGGGAAUCAUGUCUGAACAGAUGAGGUACUGCCAAUACCAUAGAGCAUCGUGGUCACCAUCCAACAUGGCGUCCAUACUGAGGGGUAGUUGUGGUAGACUUACCAAGCUGAGAGGUGUUUCAAGGACAGUUUAUAAAAUUUAUUUAAGUACAGAUGUAACAAAAAAAGACCGUAUUUUAGACAGAGUGAAAAAAUUUGUCUUCGGAGAGGGACCACCCGAAGAGGAGGAUGAAACACCCGAGAGUUAUUUUCAAUUUGUAAAAGUUGAAAAACCAGCUGUAUACAGCAUGAAGAAACAGGAAAUUGUGGAAAGACUAGAAAAUAUUGUCACAGAAGUUAUGCCUGACGACGAAAAUUGGAGAGAUCAGUCGGUUAAAGAUUUGGUUUUAAAAUAUAAGAUUCUCAACAGAUGUUAUGAGGAGUUUGGAAUUUUGGUUCCCAAUUCCCAGUUAAAUGAAAUGAACAUUGUAAGGGAUGUUAUCAAGUUCUACACUACAGCGAAACCUGAAGACAAAAGGACAUUCAAAUCUAUCAACAAAAAAAAUUUACCUCGCAACUUAUCCAUUGGUGGAUCUCUACCCCUUAAGAAAGUGUCUGUAACAUGAAAUAGGAGUAUUGUGUAACCCCAAUAAUGAGGUACAGGAGAGAAAGAGAGGUGAAGGAGGGGGGGAGGGCCUUAUUAUAUAGUGGGGCUUUUUAGGUACUUAACAUUCUAGACAGAUGAAACAUUGUAGUAAAGUUGAUGUUUAACCCUUUAGCUCCCAAGAUCUCAUAAGUAAUUCUCCUUACUGUCUGCCAAAUGAUUCUCAUUAUGUUAGUUUGGAGAAUUUGGUAUUGGAUCAAUCAGUACUCCCAUAGUUGAUAUUUUUCUUUAUUCUCAUCAUUUGUCAACAUAAUAUUAUAUAGAUAAACUAACAAGAAAUUCUGUCUUGGUCACUCACAGGAGUUAAAGGGUUAAAGGACUGAGUAACUGCAUCAGGUUUAUUCCUGCAAUUAAGUUAAGUUGGCUUUACUGCUAAUGUGUUUAGACUGAUAGAAGUUA